GCCGCGCCCACGGGGCCACGCUAGAGGGCGCGGCCAAGUUACCUCUGAAGAGAAGUCGGAAAUUCAGUUGUCUUCUUGCGGCAAAAACGUUUCAGACCCUCGUUGGCUACCGUACCGCGGUGAUGAGGGAAGCGAGGAAGUUCCGCGAAUUCUAUUCCUAAAGGAUUUUUGGCCGAGUAUCCUUUAUAGGUUUAUGCUUAUAAUACUCUUAUCAAGGAUCAAGAAGUGGAUGGUAAUGAGAAAUUACAUGACGGUGCUUCUUAUUUGCUUCACAUGAUGUUCUUCAAAUUUGAGUGUGUGAACCCUGGGAUGUAAAAAGACUUUUGAAGAGCCCACAGGUACUGGCUCCCCAGGAACAAGAGGGAGGAAAGGAAAGAAGGAGGAAAAGAUUCUGAGACUUAAGUACUGUCAGUUCUGGAGACAUCCUUGAUUGGAGACUGAGAUUUUUGAACAGAAAUUUAGAGCUGAUCCAGAAGAGCUAAAGACUGCAUCCCAGUUUGCAGCCAUUUCCCAAAGUCAGAAGAAAAUGAUUCAGGCCCAGGAAUCCCUGACGUAUGACGACGUGACUAUGAAGUUCACGUGGGAGGAGUGGCAGCUCCUGGACCCUGAUCAGAAGGACCUGUACCGGGAUGUGAUGCUGGAGAACUAUAGCAACUUGGUGUCCGUGGGGUAUCAAGCCAGCAAACCAGAUGCUGUCUCCAGAUUGGAACGAGGAGAACAACUGUGGCCAGUAGAAGAUGACAGCCACAGUCGAAUCUGUCCAGAAAUCAGGAAAGUUGAUGACCUUCUGCAGCAUCACUUGCCAAAUCACAGCAUUCAAAAUACUGUGGAACAAUGCUGCGAACAUAAUACACUUGCAAAUAUUGUUAAUCAGAGCAAAAGUCAUUUCCUGUUAAAGCAAAAUUGUGAUAUGUUUGACUUAACUGAAAAACUUUUAAAUUCAAAUUUAAGUUUUGAAAACCAGAAGAGAAGCUGUAACUUAAAGAACUCUGCUGAUUUUAAUGGAGAUGGGAAAUCCCUUCUCCAUGCUAACCACGAGCAAUCUUUUACUGAAAUUAAAUUUCCUGUAAGUGCAAAACCCAUCAGCAAUAACUCCCUGUCCACUGAGCAACAGAGAACUCACAACAUAGAGAAAGCCCAUGUAUGCAGUGAGUGUGGGAAAGCCUUCUUCAAGAUGUCUCAGCUCUUUGAUCAUCAGAGAGUUCAUACUAGAGAAAAACCUCAUGGAUGCAGUUUGUGUGGGAAAGCCUUCUCCAGAAAAUCCAGGCUCACUGAACAUCAGAGAACUCAUACGGGACUGAAACAUUAUGAGUGCACUGAAUGUGAUAAAACCUUCUUCAAGAAAUUGCAGUUCAACAUACAUCAGAAGAGUCAUAUGGGAGAGAAACCUUACACAUGUAGUGAAUGUGGGAAAGCAUUCACCAAAAAGUGUCUGCUCAUUUAUCAUCAGCGAACUCAUACGGGAGAGAAGCCCCAUGGAUGCAGUCUGUGUGGAAAAGCCUUCUCUACAAAGUUCAGUCUCACUACACAUCAGAAAACUCAUACAGGAGAGAAACCUUACAUAUGCAGUGAAUGUGGAAAAGGCUUCAUCGAGAAGAGGCGUCUUAUUGCACACCAUCGAACUCAUACAGGUGAGAAACCCUUUAUAUGCAAUGUAUGUGGGAAAAGUUUCACCUUGAAGAGCAGUCUUAUCACUCAUCAGCAAACGCACAGAGCAGAGAAACUGUAUAUGUGCAGUGAAUGUGGGAAAGGCUUUUCAAUGAAGCACUGCCUCAUUGUACAUCAGCGAACUCAUACUGGAGAGAAACCCUAUACGUGCAAUGAGUGUGGAAAAGGCUUCACCUUGAAGAGCCCUCUCAUCAGACAUCAGCGGACUCAUACAGGGGAGAAACCCUAUGUAUGUAAUGUGUGUAGAAAAGGCUUCACCAUGAAGAGUGAUCUUAUUGUACAUCAGCGAACUCAUACUGCAGAGAAACCCUAUGUAUGCAGUGACUGUGGGAAAGGCUUCACUGUGAAGAGCCGCCUGAUUGUACACCAGCGAACUCAUACAGGGGAGAAACCCUACGUGUGCAGUGAAUGCGGAAAAGGCUUUCCAGCCAAGAUCCGGCUGAUAGGACAUCAGCGAAUUCAUACAGGAGAGAAACCAUAUGUAUGCAGUGAAUGUGGUAAAGGCUUCACAGAGAAGAGUCAUCUCAACGUACACCAGCGCACUCACACAGGAGAGAAACCUUAUGUAUGCAGUGAAUGUGGCAAAGGCUUAACUGGGAAAAGCAUGCUCAUUGCACAUCUGCGAACUCAUACUGGAGAGAAACCAUAUAUAUGCAAUGAAUGUGGCAAGGGCUUCACCAUGAAGAGUACUCUGGGUACACAUCAGCAAACUCACACUGGAGAGAAACCGUACAAAUGCAACGAGUGUGGUAAAGCCUUUAGGAAGAAGACAUGCCUCAUACAACAUCAGAGAGUUCACUCAGGAAAAACUUCCUUUGCGUGUACUGAAUGUGGAAAAUUCUCUUUGCGCAAAAAUGAUCUCAUUACCCAUCAGAGAAUUCACACAGGAGAGAAGCCAUAUGAAUGCAGUGAAUGUGGGAAAACCUUCACCACAAAGUCAGGGCUCAAUGUUCAUCAAAGAAAACAUACAGGAGAGAGGCCCUAUGGAUGCAGCGAGUGUGGGAAAGCUUUUGCCCACUUGUCAAUCCUUGUUAAACAUCAGAAAAGUCAUAUGGGAGAGAAACCUUACACAUGUAGUGAAUGUGGGAAAGCAUUCACCACAAAGUGUCUGCUCAUUUAUCAUCAGCGAACUCAUACGGGAGAGAAGCCCCAUGGAUGCAGUCUGUGUGGAAAAGCCUUCUCUACAAAGUUCAGUCUCACUACACAUCAGAAAACUCAUACAGGAGAGAAACCUUACAUAUGCAGUGAAUGUGGAAAAGGCUUCAUCGAGAAGAGGCGUCUUAUUGCACACCAUCGAACUCAUACUGGUGAGAAACCCUUUAUAUGCAGUGAAUGUGGGAAAAGUUUCACCUUGAAGAAGAGUCUUAUUCCACAUCAGCGAACUCAUACUGGAGAGAAACCCUAUACAUGCAAUGAUUGUGGAAAAGGCUUCACCUUGAAGAACCCUCUCAUCAGACAUCAGCGAACUCAUACAGGAGAGAAACCCUAUGUAUGUAGUGUAUGCGGAAAAGGCUUCACCAUGAAGGGUGAUCUCGUUGUACAUCAGCGAACUCAUAUUGCAGAGAAACCAUUUAUAUGCAGUGACUGUGGGAAAGGCUUCACUGUGAAGAGCCAACUGAUUGUACAUGAGCGAACUCAUACUGGAGAGAAACCCUAUGUGUGCAGUGAAUGCGGAAAAGGCUUUCCAGCCAAGGCCCGGCUGAUUGGACAUCAGCGAACACACACAGGAGAGAAACCCUAUAUAUGCAGUGAUUGUGGAAAAGGCUUCAUUCAGAAGGGCAAUCUCAUUGUACAUCAGCGAACUCACACAGGAGAGAAACCCUAUGUAUGCAACGAAUGUGGCAAAGGCUUAUCCGCGAAAAGGAAGCUCGUCGCGCAUCUGCGAACUCAUACUGGAGAGAAACCAUAUAUAUGCAGUGAAUGUGGCAAGGGCUUCACUGUGAAGAGUACUCUUGGUACGCAUCAGCAAACUCACACUGGAGAGAAACCGUACAAAUGCAACGAGUGUGGUAAAGCCUUUAAGAAGAAGACAUGCCUCAUACAGCAUGAGAGAUUUCACUCAGGAAAGACUUCUUUGCAUGUACUGAAUGUAGAAAAUUCUCUUUGUGCAAAAAUGAUCUCAUUACCCAUCAGAGAAUUCACACAGGAGAGAAGCCAUAUGAAUGCAGUGAAUGUGGGAAAACCUUCACCACAAAGUCAGGGCUCAGUGUUCACCAAAGAAAACAUACAGGAGAGAGGCCCUAUGGAUGCAGUGAGUGUGGGAAAGCUUUUGCCCACUUGUCAAUCCUUGAUAAACAUAAGAGAAUUCACAGGUAGUCACUUUGGGGAAGCCUGCUGCCGGCUGUAGACCCUCAAGAUAAUAGUAUGCAGAGAAGAAUCACAAUGCAAAGAAUGUGGUAUUAUCUUUAGUGAUCAAUUACCUCAUAUUUUAUAUUGAUGAAAACAUUUACAAAACUACUCAGAUACAAUCAGCCUUGGUGAAAAUAUUUUAGGACAUUCUAUGUCUAAAAAGUAUAUACUGAGAUAAAGCCUAUGAGUGUGAAAGACUAGGAAAGCUUUCAGUGGAAAUAAACCCUAUCAUAUGUGAUCAUCAUAGAUCAUGAAUGAAUGAAUAUUUCUAAUUGGUAGAAGUAUAAUUGUGGGAAAGCCUUUGCCCAGAAGUAAUACCUCAACAGAUGUCAGUUAUCACUAGAGAAAUACUUUCCUGUGGCAAUGAAUAUGGCAGGGUUUGCAGUAGUAAAUAUUGCUUCAUCAUUUGCCAGGAAAUCCGUGCAGAAACACAUUCUAUAUGGUGGACGUUAACAAAAUAUCAGACAACUUAAGGAAGGAAAGAAGCCUUGGGGAAAUGAUGAAUGAGAGCAUUCUGUUACAAGUUUUAACUUAAGGGAUACUACACCUCACAAGCAACUGAAGGAUACCUUCAGCCACAUUUCUAGUUGCCUUGUCAUUGAUCUUAUAAAUUUUACAUAGGGGCAGUUACUCUCAACAUGGAUUGAAUUUUCAUUAUUUAACUUUUGCAUUUCUUUGGUUCCAAGUUUGUAAUUUCAGAAGAUUUGAAGUACUUCAAAAUUAAAAUUUACUUUCAUAAGUAUAACAACAGAUUUGGAUGUGUUUAACCAAGUUUGUAAGUACCAUCAGGGGGUUUAUAAAAUUAAUAUAAAUGUGAUGUUUUUAUAACUUUUAAUUUUGAAGUAAGUUUAGAAACACAAAAACAAAUAUUCCAGAGAUUUCCUAAAUGCCCUUCAGCCCACUACUCCCAAAGGUAAAAUCUUAUAAUAACCACACAGUUCACCGUGUGGUUAUAUAAGGUCAAAUAGAGGAAAGUGAAAUUGUUACAGUGCUGUUAACUACAGGGUUUAUUUCGAUUGCACCAGUUUUACCAUGUAGUAGUUUUUGUUUGGUUUUUAUAUAUCGCCUUAAGAAACUUCACCACAUAUGUAGGUUCCUGUAACCAACACCCCAGUAAAAAUUCAGAAUGCUUUGUCAACACAAACUCCCUCAUGCCACGUCCUCAUAGUCACAUCCUUUCCCCGACACUAACCCUUGGCAUCACAGAUCUUUUUGUAUCCAUAAUUUUGUCAUUUAUAGAAUAUUAGAAGAAUAGGGCUUCCCUGGUGGCACAGUGAUUGAGAGUCCGCCUGCCGACGCAGGGGACACGGGUUCGUGCCCCAGUCCUUGAAGAUUCCACAUGCCGCAGAGCAGCUGGGCCCGUGAGCCAUGGCCGCUGAGCCUGCGCGUCUAGAGCCUGUGCUCCACAACGGGAGAGGCCACAACCGUGAGAGGCCCACGUACUAAAAAAAAAAAAAAAAAAAGAAUCAUUUAGGAUGUAUCCUUUUGAGGUUGACUGUUUGACCUUGUGAAAUUGUAGAAAAUAGACAUAUUGGUCUCUGCCCCUGGUUUCUGGCACAGAGCUUCUGAAACCCUUGUAAAUUUCUACAUGAUAAGAGUGUGUGGAGCAUCUCUUACUCUAUUGAUGUGAUUCUGGGUGGGUUCCUGGAUGGGGGUUGGUCACCAGAGAGACCCAGCCAUGAUUAGAAGCUUGGCGUUUUCAGCCCACUCCCCAUCUUCCAUAGCAGGGAGAGGGGCUAGAAAUGGAGUUACUAAUUAAUCAUGCCUAUGUAAGUAAGUCUCCAUAAAAUCCCAGUAGUAGGUAUUUUGGAGAGCUUCUACAUGGGUGAACACAUUCAGGUAUGGGGAGAGUAACACACCGCAGCACAGGGACAGAAGCUCCUGUGCUUGGGACCCUCCCACACCUCGCCCUAUUUUUGUCUUCAUUUGGCUGUUCAUCUGUAUCCUUUAUCGUAUCCUUUAAUAAACUGAUAAACGCAAGUGUUUUCCUGAGUUCUGUGAGCCAUUUAGCAAAACUAAUUGAACCCAAAGAAGAGGUUUCGGGAAU